AUCACAGGCGCGCGACGUCACUCUAGCUCGGGCGUGAUUUAUCUGAACUUUCCAAAAAAAGUAUUGGGCUCUGGACAGAAUUACAUCCUCCCAUCCUCCCUUACCUAAUCCAGACUAGCUUUGUCUCAUCACUCGGCUCGAGGUGCUGCUUCUGUGAACUUCAGUCCUCUGUCCUCUGUGUGGCUCGUGCGCGUCCGUCGAGAGAACCAACUCUGAACCCUUUUCGCCUGUUAUUAGGAGAGAGAAAACAACAGUAACCAUGGAAGCCAUCAAGAAGAAAAUGCAAAUGUUGAAACUGGAUAAGGAGAAUGCUAUUGAUCGGGCAGAGCAAGCAGAAGGAGACAAAAAGGGGGCAGAGGACAAAUGCAAACAGCUGGAAGAAGAGUUGCUGGCCCUGCAGAAGAAGCUGAAGGGAGUGGAGGAUGAGUUGGAUAAAUACUCAGAGUCACUGAAGGAUGCCCAGGAGAAGCUGGAGCAGGCUGAGAAGAAGGCCACAGACGCAGAGGCAGAGGUGGCUUCCCUAAACAGACGUAUCCAGCUGGUAGAGGAGGAGUUGGACAGGGCCCAGGAGAGACUGGCCACUGCGCUGCAGAAGCUGGAGGAGGCCGAGAAGGCUGCAGACGAGAGCGAGAGAGGAAUGAAGGUGAUAGAGAACAGGGCGUCAAAGGACGAGGAGAAGAUGGAGAUCCAGGAGAUGCAGCUAAAGGAGGCCAAGCACAUUGCUGAGGAGGCCGACAGGAAGUACGAGGAGGUGGCCCGUAAGCUGGUGAUCCUUGAGGGUGACCUUGAGCGCUCUGAGGAGCGUGCUGAGGUGGCUGAGGCUAAAUCUGGUGAUCUUGAGGAAGAGUUGAAAAAUGUCACCAACAACUUGAAGUCUCUGGAGGCCCAGGCUGAGAAGUACUCACAAAAGGAGGACAAAUAUGAAGAGGAAAUCAAAGUUCUUACCGACAAGCUUAAAGAGGCUGAGACCCGUGCUGAGUUUGCAGAGAGGUCUGUGGCUAAGCUGGAGAAAACCAUUGAUGAUUUGGAAGAGAAACUGGCUACGGCUAAAGAAGAGAACCUAGACAUGCACCAAACGCUGGACCAAACCCUCCUGGAGCUCAACAAUCUAUAAAGAGAGCUCUGUCUGUCGUGGCCCAUGAACAAGAGGCCUAAAACACAAAGCUUUCAUAAUGCUCAUUGAUACACACUUGACCAAAUCCUUUAGUUGACUUGCCCCUUUGGGAACAGGACAGUCUUCACUUGGCUUUAAUAGUAGUAAAGGCUUACGAACAAGGCAUUCCGUUUAGUUAAUGAGGGUCUCUUGCACACAUGCUAGUUAAUGGCAAACGCAUGCUGGCUACAGAAGUUAACAUGGUUCAGUAUAACAGCAGAACAGCAUAGAGUUGAAUGCUAUCGAGGUUGCUGUUUGUAUUUAGCAUGUGAUUCAAGUCUUAAAGUUGACAUCUCUUUUCUAAUCUGACCUCUGAGGCCUCCUUGAAGUGAAAUUGCAUUUGCUUUACUCUUUAAGCUCUGUUACCUCAAACUCUUAUUUUUUUUAAUCCAAAAUAUAAAGUUUUUGUAAACCUUCAAAACAAAUAAAUGGUAAACAUAUUCUUUACGUACUGUUUGGUAAGAUGUGCCACUCAUUGUUUUAAUUAAUAGAGUAUAGUAUUUGAGUAGAACUGACCCAAACAGGGAAAAAGACUAGCGUUCACAUUUUAAUAUUUGGACUAUUUAGGAUAGCAGUUUGUUAAAUCUACGUCUAGGUUAGUUUUCUAUGGUUCAAAAUGACUAGCAAAGGUAUCAAAUAAUGUAAUACAAACUAAAUACAAUAGGGACAUUUAAUUUCGCCACAGGAUUCUUUUGACAAAGUUUUUGAAUUUUCUAAAUUGUUGUAGUGACCUUUUGGGGGUUUGGAAAGUAGUCUUUAAUAUUAGAGAUUUUGGUAUUCUAAUCAUGAUGAUGUGGUACCUCAUGUAUUCUAAUCAUGAUGAUGUGGUACCUCAUGUAUUCUAAUCAUGAUGAUGUGGUACCUCAUGUAUUCUAAUCACUUGCCUUUUUUUUUUUCCUUGACAAAGAUUUGAGAAUGCCCAUAGUUGUUAGAAUCUGAAACAUCUCUUAAUUUUUUGAAACACCCUCUCAAUAAUUGUCCGGGUUUAACUGUUACAUGGUUGUUCCACGAAACGAGUCUCUUUUUGAGUAGUGUAACUACUUGCUCAACCAGGGCUGGCCCUGUGCUCAACCCAAUGUUUCCCCCCACAAAACACCACAAAAUGGCCAGAAAGAGUAGAACCAGCUCACUUGCUUUUUACACUGAUUUGAUUAUUAGAUGUUAAAUUUUUCUUUUUUGGGUGGGGGAUAUUAAAUAUUUGCCAUAUUAAAACAAAAGUUCAGUUCAGGUUACAGGAUUGACCUUAAAAUGAGGGACAUGUUUAAGUGUUACCUUGCAAUGACUCACAAAUCACAUGAAAUAGAUAAUCUUCCAAAUUGACAUUGUCAAAACAGCCAAAUUUACUUUUGAGGUUAAGUGAGUUCAAAUCUGAGAAGUCUGAUUGCAGAGGGACAUGUCAAAAUGCUGAAUGUUGGCACUAACUCUUUUAUUGAUAUAUUUAAAAAAAAAUAUCAUGUAUUGAAUUGUCCAUGUCUAUAUUAAAUGGCACUUCAUUUAAUAUGGCAGGCUUUUAAAAUCCAAUAUUGGUGCAACAUUUCUACUUCAAAUAUCAAAGGGACUCAUUUUGUGGAACUACCCUACAGCUGUUAACUUGUUUGGUUGAUUUCAAGCUCAUGUAAUAUCUUAAUGCACCUGUGUCAAUACUUCAGUCUAGUCAGAAUGCUUAUCGGUCUGAAGGUUUUAAUUGGAUGGAAUUAUUCAAUAUUCUGGAGGUAUUAAAAUAAUUGUAUUAAGGUUUAUUACUCAUGUAUGUAUCCUAUGCAAUGAAUCAACUGUAUAAGCUCUUAAGAUGAUUAAAAAUGGCCAGCAAAAUAAAUGGUUGUUUU